UGCGUUCUAAACCCCACCAGAAUCAGCCGCCCUCGGGCGCCGCGCCGGCGCCGGAAAAUCCCGAUCAUCUAGAAACGCCGAUGGGGAACUUCAGAGCUUUGGUUAUGACAAUGGCUAUGGACUGUGCACCCAACGGAUCACUCUCUCCUGCCCAAAGGGCUUUCGUUCAUCAAAAGCUACUAGAAUUCUUCCCCGACUCCAAACCUACUCCUGAUCAUCCCCCUUAUUCCUGGAUGAUUCAAAGAGCAAUUGAGAGCUUGAAUGAGGAAGGAGGUUCUAGUGAGGAGGCAAUAUCAGAAUAUAUCGUGAAAGAGAAUUCAAGCUUGCCAUGGGCUCAUACGACCUUACUUUCACAUCAUCUGAGGAAACUCCGUGAGAGUAAUGAAAUUUUUCAGACUGUUGAGGGUUGCUAUGCACUUACCAACCCAAUCGCCAAUAUCUGCCCCGCUUCUAGUCCUAAUGAAUGCAUUAGUUCUGAGCAUAGCUCUGACAAAAAGAGAGUGAACCCGAAAGAUAUGCAGAAGAAGGAUUCUGAAAAAAGAAAGGGGAAGUUUGGUGAAUGUAAUGUUAGCGGAGAAAAGGUACAGACGGAUGUGGAAAAGGAAGCAACAGAUGAGAAAAUUGAUGUCAUUGAAGAGGGUCAAGAAGAGCCAGCCAAUUUAAAACUCGACAUUCAGCCUCAGGUGGUUCGGGAUGGUAAUGCUCACGUAGAACCAAAAGAACAAGCAAAACAAGAUUUUGUGAGUCAGGAAUGCUAUGAAGAUGAGGAACAACAACUGAGCAGUGAGCAGGUUCAUGAGUCAGGGAAGAGAAGAGGAGGCAAGGCACUAAAGAGAAAGACGGCGAAAAUGGUUGUUGAAGAAGAAGAAGAAAUUAAUGUUCAGCUUCAGGGACUGGAUGGUAGUGCUCGAAAGGAACCAAAGAAACUAGUGAAACAAGAUAUGAUGAGUGAAGAAUGUAAUGAGGAACAACAGCUGAACAGCGAGCAGGGGCAGCAGAAAGGGGGAAGACUGGGGAUGAUACUACCUAAGAUGAGGAUAAAAAAAGUUCAAGAAGAAGAAAACAAUUUAGAAAUUGAUGGUCAGCCUCUGAGAUUUGAAGAUGGUGCUCGAAAAGAAGCAAGCAAACAAAUGCGACGAGAUUUUGUGAGUGAAAAAUGUAGGGGAGAACAGCUGAACAGGGAGCAGGAGCUGGAGAAAGGGACAAGAAGAUCAAGCAGGGUAGCUAAGAGAAACAGGACAAGUAAUGGUUUAGAAGAGCAAACCAAUAAGGAAAUUCAUGUUCUGACUCAGAGAUUGGAAGACACUGAUCCUGAAGAACCAAAUGAACAAAUACAACAAGAUCUUGCGAGUGAAGAGUAUAACAAAGAUGAGGAGCAGCAGCUGAACACUGAACAGGCACUGGAGAAGAGGAAGAGAAAAGAAGGAAAGCCACAUAAAAAUGUUGUUGAAGCACUGAUCAAUUCAGAGUCUGGUUUUCAACAUCAGGAGCUGGAUGAUGCUCAAAAUGAAAACAAACAAAUGCAACAAGGCUUUACGAGCAAAGAAUGCAAAGAACCUGAGGAACAACAGCUGAACAGGGAACAUGAACAGAUGAUUCUAAAAGCAAUUGAAAACUUGAAUGAGGAAGGAGGUUCUACUGAGGUGGCAAUAGCAAAGUAUAUUGUGAGAAACUCGCCAUGGGGUUAUACAACUUUAGUUUCACGUCAUCUUGGGAAACUCUGUCAGCGUAAUGAAAUUUUUGAGACGGUUGUUGGUUACUAUGCACUUAGCCGCCCCCCAAUCACCAAUAUCUGCCCAACUUCUAGUCCCGGUGAAUGCAUUAGUUCUAAGCAUGGCUCUGACAGAAAGAGAGUGAACCCGAAAACUAUCCAGAAGAAGGAUUCUAAAAGGAGAAAGGAGGGGAAGUUUGGUAAAUGUAACGUUAGAGGAGAAAAGGUGCAGACGAACACGGACGACGAAGCAACAGAAGAAGAAGAUUUUGUGAUUCGGGAAUAUUAUGAAGAUGAGGAACGACAAUUGAACCGUAAGCAGGUUCAUGAGCCGGGGAAGAGAAGACCGGGUAAGGGACUAAAGAGAAAGAGACGGAAAAUGGUUUUGGAAGAAGAAGAAGAAGAAGAAAUCAAUUUAGAAGUCGAUGUUCAAGGGCAGCAGAAAGGGAGAAGGCUACCUAAGAGGAUAAAAAUAGUUGUUCAAGAAGAAGAAAACAAUCUAGAAAUGGAUGGUCAGCUUCUGAGAUUUGAAGAUAGUGCUCGAAAAGAACCAAACAAAAAAAUGCGACAAGAUGUUGUGAGUGAAAAACGUAGGCGAGAACAGCUGAACAGGGAGCAGGAACCGCAGAAAGGGAAGAGAAGAUCAAGCAGGGUACCUAAGAGAAACAGGAAAAACAUUGAUCUAGAAGAGCAAACCAAUAUAGAAAUUCAUGGAUUGAAAGACACUGACCCCGAAGAACCAAAUGAACAAGCACAACAAGAUGUUGAGAUUGAAGAGUGUAACAAAGAUGAGGAGAAGGGGAAGAGAAAACAGGGAAAGCCCCAUAAAAAUGUCAUUGAAGAACCAACCAAUUCAGAAUCUGAUUCUCAGCCUCAAGACCUAGAUGAUUCUCAAAAUGAAAAUGAACGUAGAGAAGCCGAGGAACAACAGCUGAAAAGGAAAGGAAAACUAGGAAGGCGACAGCAGCAGCUACAGGCUUUUAGGCGCAAGACCAAAUCCAGUGAAGGUCUAUUAACGAAAACUUCUGCUCGUUUACUGCAAUCAUCGAGUCAGAACGGUCUUCAGCUUGGGGACAGGAAGCACAUAAAACACAAAGGAUCCGCUAAACCUCAGGAGAUUAGACGAUCUACCCGCAUUCCCAUUGCAACAUCAAAGAAAAAGGAAUACAACAGUGCAACAUCAAAGAAGGAGGGUGUUCAAUACCAUUCUCAGUAAUCCAAGCUCUGCAAUUGGUUCUCUCAUUCAAUACCAUAUUUUGCUUAUUUUAUUGCUGUUUUCAACAUUUGAGUUAGCAUCAACUGGGACUACAUUUUUGCUGGGCAGCAUUUUAUAUCAAUUAAACUUAAGACUAAA